AUGGUGACGGUUCUUCAAGAUGAAGUAUUACAGUUUAACGCAGACACGCUUGAUUCGAUGCGAAAGGAAAUUAAUCUGGCCAGACCUGGGGAAAUGGAGGAAGCAGUCAAUAUUUUGAAGACCUGGAUACAACAGCAGCCGCAUCUGAAGAAAAAGGAUUUCAGUGAUCAUUACAUAGAAGCUACAAUUCUUACAGCGAAGGGUUCCGUAGAACAGGCAAAGAAGCAAAUUGAUAAAAUAUGUACCAUGAGGACGUUGGUACCACAAUUUUUCGGAAUUACCAAUCUUCCAGAGGAUAUAAAAAAUGUUUUAGGGGUUGGGAGCGUCGUCAUCAUGCCAAAACUGAACAAGCUGAAUCAACGAAUAUACGUUCUCCAAGUCCAUGGUCCAGUUACCAGCUCUUCGCAGUUUCUUGACUUCUACAGAUUCGGAUUCGUCCUUGGAGAUUAUAUGAAAGAACACGAUUAUAUAACCAGCUAUCAGUGCGUUGUGGAUAUAAGGAAGGCGAAUAUUUCCGAUUUGGUGGGAUACAUGAACCCAAUGGAGUUGCGACAAGUGCUUACAUUAAUAGUUGAAUGCUACGGUCUAAGGAUUAAAGGAAUACAUUUAGUGUCGAAUUCAAAAUUAAUAGACACGUUCAUUGGCAUCUUGAAGACUCUCCUGAAGCCAAAAAUGGUGCAACGCUUACAACACCACACCGACUGCUCUUCUUUAGUUGAAGCAAUUGGGAAAGAAUAUCUACCUGAAGACUUGGGUGGAACGGAACCAACUAUAAAGGAAACUCGAGCGCGUUGGACAGAAGUUUUAUAUGCAUCGAAGUUUUUGGACUACUUGCGGGAAAUGAACAAGGCAACAACUGAUGAGAACUGCCGACCCAGGCAUAAGUUCAAUGAGGAAUACGCUGGCAUGCCAGGAACAUUUAGAGUACUGAGUGUAGAUUAA